UCUAGUCUCGCGAGAACUGGCUUGGUCCCACCUUCGCCCCGCCCCGUUCCCGCCUCAGCUCCACCCACCUCAGGCCCAGGAGUAGAAAGAUUGAAGGAACCGCUCGGCACUCAAACUUAAGGCCCUGCCCACAAAGCACUCGCGGAUUGGCUGGAGCUACAGGAGCCAGACCGUUCUCGCGAGAACAGCCUGGGGCAUGUUGGGGGCGUUCCUUUGAGGAGUAGAGCUGUGUCUGAGGGGUUCGGCUUGGUUUGAGAGAGUUGAAGGGAACCCUCCCGAGAUCUUUCACGGCCCUGGGUCCUGCCUUGGUUCUGAGGAGGCCUCGUUCCCAAACUGGGCCUGAGGCGGAUAAGUCCCAGGUAAAGUCUUGGGACCCUUGCAUUUGAGGUGUCCCCACGCCUGCUUCUCCCUUCACGCUUCAGUUUUUGUCGCUGUUUGCUGUCUCCGCCCAGAUAGCAAGUGCUUUGGGCAGUGGUCAGAAUCUGGCUUCUUUGCUCUUCCGUAGUUUCCCAGCCAUCUGCUCUCUCACUUGGAGGUCUGGCGACAGCAUGGCCUCCUUGUAGUUAAGCGACGGCUCCUUCCCGUCCCCUCCGUCCGGGAGUAGGACCUAGAAAGCUGCAGGGUGCAGAUAGAGCCUGUACGGAAAUUGCAACUUCUGAGUUUCGAGAUGCCUUUGCACUUAUCUGUGAACAGCCUGGACUUGGACGACAAACUAAGUACUCUGUAAACCCUUGGAGAUUAACAUACAGUUUGCAUCAAAGGAACUUUUCAAACUAUUAAGCGCUAUCUCUCCAGUGCAAUGGUUUCAGUGACUCCUGUGAAAAGGUCGUCUUACCCCCCAAAGGAGUCAUGACCAACAAGUUGAGAGUUGCUGACUUAGAAGGGCAUUCUCAACCUUAUGAUAUUUAAUUCAGACCUGGAAGAAUAAGAUAUGUUGGUAAUUCUCAUCUUUCAUAUUUUCCAGAUCAAGAUCAUUAUAUGUACCUAAUAUUGCUUCAACUUCUCUUCCAGGUAGCCCGUUGUGGAUAUGCUGCUGUUUUUUGCUUUGGGAUUGCUUGUGCAUUUUGUGUUCUUCGCCUCCAUCUUUGACAUUUAUUUUACCUCUCCUUUGGUUCAUGGAAUGACUCCUCAGGUUACACCAUUGCCUCCUCCAGCAAAAAGAUUAGUGUUAUUUGUUGCUGACGGCCUGAGAGCAGAUACUCUUUAUGAGUUAGAUGAAGAUGGAAACUCCAGAGCACCUUUUAUUAGGAAUGUUAUCAUGCAUGAAGGCAGCUGGGGAGUCUCUCACACGCGUGUGCCAACAGAGUCUCGGCCUGGCCAUGUAGCCUUGAUAGCUGGGUUUUAUGAGGAUGUCAGUGCAGUCGCCAAAGGGUGGAAAGAAAAUCCUGUAGAAUUUGAUUCUCUUUUUAAUGAAAGCAAGUACACAUGGAGCUGGGGGAGUCCAGAUAUCUUGCCUAUGUUUGCCAAAGGUGCUAGUGGUGACCAUGUUUAUACUUACAGUUAUGAUGCUCAAAGAGAAGAUUUUGGUGCUCACGAUGCCACAAAGCUGGAUACCUGGGUUUUUGAUAAAGUUAAGGACUUCUUUGAUGCUGCAAGAAACAACCAGUCUUUGUUCUCAAAAGUAAAUGAAGAAAAAGUCGUUUUUUUCUUACAUUUAUUAGGAAUAGAUACAAAUGGACAUGCUCAUCGACCAUCAUCAAGGGAAUAUAAGGACAAUAUUAAAAAAGUUGAUGAUGGAGUGAAGGAAAUUGUAUCAAUAUUCAAGCAUUUUUAUGGAGAUGAUGGGAAAACAGCAUUUAUUUUUACCUCUGACCAUGGAAUGACAGACUGGGGUUCCCAUGGGGCUGGUCAUCCUUCAGAGACUUUAACUCCUUUCGUUACUUGGGGAGCUGGAAUCAAAUUUCCUCAAAACGUAUCAGCUCAGCAAUAUGAGGAUGAGUUUUUAAAAGAAUGGAGAUUGGAAAAUUGGAAGAGGCAAGAUAUCAAUCAGGCUGAUAUUGCACCACUGAUGGCAUCCCUUAUUGGAGUCCCCUUUCCUCUUAAUUCGGUGGGAAUACUUCCUGUGGGUUAUCUUAACAACACUGGUCUCUUCAAAGCAGAGAGCAUGUUUACCAAUGCAGUGCAGAUUCUCGAACAGUUCAAGGUGAAAAUGACUCAGAAAAAAGAAGCUACUUUACCAUUUUUAUUUACACCAUUUAAGUUGCUCUCUGAUUCUCAACAGCUGGACAUUUUAAGAAAAGCAAGAUCUUACAUAAAACAAGAAAAAUUUGAUGACGUAGUGUCCCUCUGUGAGGAGCUGAUUGAUCUGGCCCUGAGAGGAUUGUCCUAUUAUCACACUUACGACAGACUGUUUCUGGGUAUCAGUGUUGCAGUUGGUUUUGUGGGAUGGACGUCGUAUGCUUCCUUGUUAAUCAUCAAGUCUCAUUCUGAUAUCCCACGAGGCACUAGGAGGGAAGGUAAGAAGCCACAUCAUCUUCUGCCCUGUAGCUUCAUAGCUGCUGGUGUCUUAGUAGCAUGCUUCCUGAUGAUCCAAGCCUGUCCCUGGACUUACUAUGUGUAUUGCUUGCUGCCGGUGCCAAUAUGGUAUGCAGUUCUAAGAGAACGUGAAGUUAUUCAAGCCCUGGUUGAGUCACUAUUGGCUUUUCCUCUGAGCCAUUUUGUCGCCUACUUGCUUGUCUUUACUCUGGGCAUUGAAGUACUGGUGCUCAGUUUUUUCUACCGCUACAUGUUGACAGCCGGACUGAUUGUGUUUGCAGGUUGGCCAUUUCUCACUCAGCUGUGGACCAGAGCAAAGAUCACCUGCCUGAGUUGGGCUUUCUUCUCUUUACUUCUGGCAGUGUUCCCACUGAUGCCUGUUGUGGGUAGAAAGCCAGACCUUUCUCUAGUAAUGGGUGCCGGAUUGCUUGUUCUUCUGCUGUCGCUGGCUGUUCUAGCAACCCUCGUAAAAAGAAAACUUAAUUUGGUAAAGGACGAGCUGUUGGUACUUCUGUUACAGGUGCUGAGUACAGUGGUGUCUAUGUAUGUCGUGUACAGUACCCACCACAGUCUGUUAAGGAAAGAAGGCCUGCCUCUUCUGAAUCAGAGUGUGAGCUGGGCGACGCUGGCCUCUUCUCUGGUGGUGCCACUCCUGAGCCCCACAGCCCUCUGGCAGCGGCUGACCAGCAUACUUCUUUCCUUGAUGUCGACCUACUUGCUGCUAAGCACGGGGUAUGAAGCUCUCUUUCCGUUAGUGUUGUCCUGUUUGAUGUUUGUCUGGAUACACGUGGAACAAGAGACCCUUCAACAGCCCGGUGUUUCCUGUAAACAAAAGCUUGCCAGCAUCCAGUUCACCUAUAAUACUGAUAUAACUCAGUUCCGACAGCUCUGUUUGGAUGACAUCCGUAGGGCCUUUUUCCUUGUUUUCUUUUUAUUAACUGCAUUUUUUGGAACUGGAAAUAUAGCUUCUAUUAACAGCUUUGACCUUGCCUCUGUGUAUUGCUUUCUGACUGUGUUUAGUCCUUUCAUGAUGGGAGCGCUCAUGAUGUGGAAGAUUUUAAUUCCUUUUGUUCUUGUGAUGUGUGCUUUUGAAGCAGUUCAGAUAACUACACAGCUGUCAUCAAAAGGCCUUUUUCUUGUCGUUCUUGUCAUAUCAGACAUCAUGGCUUUGCAUUUUUUCUUCUUGGUCAAGGAUUCUGGCAGCUGGCUUGAUAUUGGAACAAGCAUCAGCCACUAUGUGAUUGUCAUGUCCAUGACCAUCUUUCUGGUGUUUCUUAAUGGCCUGGCACAAUUGCUCACAACAAAGAAACUCCAACUGUGUGGCAAGCCCAAAAGCCAUCUCAUGUGAUGUUGGUGAAGCCGUCAGUCAGCAUCUGCAUUCUGUUUCUCCUUAAAGAAAAGUCCCACCAAGGAUUCAAGAAAAUGGAUAUUGGACCAGCAAGAUGGCUCAGCCGGUAAAAGUGCUUGUUGCACAAACUGACAACCUGAGUUUGAUCCCUGAAA